AUGAGUCAGGUACAGUCAGAUGAUACCAGUCACCUGAAAACUUGCAUUGGACAGUAUGCCGCCCCAAGGCCUACAGAUGAGGGGCUGAGCCCUACAAUUUUUACUGACAACAAAUCUUGUGCUAAACUUGGCGUUAAUCACCCCCAACUUGCAGCGCUGCUGUGUCCUAUCAAGCAUGUCAAAGCAUUUCAUGAAGAUCCAAAAAAAGUACAAGCCCAACUACAGAAUGCAGUGAUCAAGAUGCAAAUGGCUGCAUGGCCUGCAUUUUCAUAUGCAGGUGAUCCACCUGGCGCAGAUUUUGACCCAGACAAUGUUCAAGAAGGAUUUUUACAAAGUUAUUAUUUGAAGCGUGUGAGUAUCUCCUCUUCUCUUGUCAGUAAAGUCUCAUGUAUCUAG